GGCAGGAGUUUUAGCAUCAGUCCACGCCGGGCGAGCGAGGGAGUAAGGAGUCAUAAUCUUCCUCUUUCAAAACUCCUGGUCUGUCGCUCUUCAUUUUUCGAAACAUCAUCGUCGCGUCUACAUAUUCAGCCAUGGUUCGGAGUCCUUCCUUCACGCUGCUUCUGCCGCUCCUUCUGAUGGGGACCUUGACAUUAGUGUCUGCUCAAGAGUGCAGCGACGACCCCGCGACGUCCCUGGUCGAUCAGCUGGUCGGGCUGGUGGGCGAGCGAGCGGGUCGGGCCUGCGACGUGUGCUCUGGAGUCAUGAUGACGAAGGUGGAAGGAGUAUCAGCAGAAGUGAGCGCGGCGAAGGAGGAACACCAGAAGGAGCUGGGCGACGUCCGGGAGCUGGUGCGCGGCGUCCAAGAGGAGUCGCGGCGUGAGAGAGAAGGUAUCCUCGCGUCACUCGUUGCAGCUCAAGGGGACAGAGAGGCCGUGAGGGAAUCCUUGGCUUUAGCUGAAGAACGAACAAACGUCAAAAUGGAAGAACUCAUGUCAGAAAUCGCAGCAGUGAGCCAAGACGCCAACAACAACCUCACUGCCGUGGCUCAACAACUACGCUCAGACAUUGAACACGUGAAGACCAUGCUAGAAAACAUCCAGACGUUCAUCAAAGGAGGCGCGAGAACUAGCAGAGAUGCUCCUUCAACUUGUGCUGAGAAUCAAGUAAUGCUUGCUUCCAUGGGCUACCUUGCACCUGUCGAGUCUGGGAAAUACGAGAACAACACAGACUGCAGCUGGGUUAUAGAGAGACCACUGGGCUACAAGAUCAAGAUCACGUGGCUGAUGUUCGCCCUGGAGAGGUGCACCGACUGCAAGUGUGAUUACGUCGAGAUCUGGGACGGCACCACAACCAAGGAAUUGAUUGGAGGGAGAAGGUUUUGUGGAUACCUGGACCCUCCCACUAUGACAUCCACAAGUAACAGGGUGGAAAUUAAAUUCCACAGUAACAGUGCUGGAAAUUAUGCAGGCUUCAAAAUUAAAUACGAAUCACUAGAAGAUUAGGAGGUGUGCAGAAAGUAUUAUAGCCACAACACUCAAGGAAAACUUCAACUGAAUAAUGUAAUAUUCAAACAAAGUGCCAGAUAGAUAACAAAUCAUUUCUUCAUAGAACUGUACUGAAAUGUUUAAAAAAAACAUUAUACAAGUAUAUUUCA